CUUUUUUCUAUCUCUCUAUUCAGUUAUGCAUGCAUAGAGGCAUAGAGCUUAUUAGGAGAUACCAAACCCAUAAAAACAAAAAUAGAACACAUAAAUAGCAUUUGUAAGGAAAUUGAAAGUAAGUAUGGAAAAUUCAAUGAAGAAGAAGACCUUCACAGAGAGUGAAGAAGUAGAGCUCAGAAGAGGGCCUUGGACUCUUGAGGAAGACACUCUUCUCACAAAUUACAUUAUCCAGAGCAGUGAAGGCCGUUGGAACCUCGUCGCCAAAUGUGCUGGGCUAAAGAGAACCGGGAAAAGUUGUAGAUUGAGAUGGUUGAAUUAUUUGAAACCUGACAUAAGGCGAGGGAAUCUCAGUCCCCAAGAACAGCUUCUGAUCCUUGAUCUCCACUCUAAAUGGGGUAAUAGGUGGUCCAAGAUAGCACAGUACUUGCCAGGAAGAACGGACAACGAGAUCAAGAACUAUUGGAGAACAAGAGUUCAGAAACAAGCUCGACAGCUCAACAUCGAAUCUAACAGCGACAAAUUCUUUGACGCUGUUCGUAGUUUCUGGGUCCCCAGAUUAAUAGAGAAAAUGGAGCAGAAGCCAUCAAAUACUUAUUGUUGUCCCCAAAACAACAACAAUAACAAUAACUCUCUUCUUCCUCCUUCUCAGUCUUACGACUCAAUGAGUAAACAAACAUAUACUGAUAUCUCGGGUAAGAACCUGGGUAUAAGCAACACCGAUGGUUCUGCUUCGAGCUCCACUUCCAUGCCUGAUCUUAUGACGGUUCCACACUUCAUGGAUCACAACACCAUCAUCGAUUCUUCGAUGUGUUACCAUGAAGGCAAUGGUCAAGAACUCGGUGGAUAUAUUCCUGGGAUGGAGGAGUAUUACAUGAGAAAUUCAGACAUAUCAACGGAUUGUCACGUGGCGGAAGCGUACGAGGAUGUCACACAAGAUCCCAUGUGGAAUGUGGAUGACAUUUGGCAGUUUAGGGGCUAACUGUCAGUCAAGAGACGUAUGUACUAUGG